CCAGGGUUUCAAACUCUAAGCAGGUCACAGAAGCACACUUUAAGAUGAGAGCACCCUUCAGAUGAGUGCUCUGGUGAAGAUGAGUGCGCUCGUGGCGCUCCUCAUGGGCAGCGCACUUUCACAUGAGGUGAGGAUGGUAUGCUGGGGGAAGGGAGGCAGCCACAGCCAGAUCUGUGGGUGGCCUCGCGCCGAGGGUGUUUGCUUCAUGUGUGCCUGCCUGUGUGUGGCGUCAUCAACAUCAGGUGCCGCUUCUCGACGCCCUUGAGGCAGCCGAGGCCUUCCUGGGACCUGCCAUUGCCGGUAUGAUGCUCCCUGAGCGGCUCAUCUGGCUGUGUGUGUGGUCACUUUGUGUUGCUGUGCUGUUCCUUGCUCCACAGGUCAACGAUCUUUCUCCUCCUCCCCCAUGGCUUUGCCUCGGUCCUCCUCCCCCGUCUUUCGGCCUCGCAGUGGCCUGUCCUCCCUCCAGAUGGCCAACAGAGAGAGCAGACACAAGGAAUUCACGAGGGUGAGUCAGCAACACCUACGCAGGCAGCCAAGUAGAUGGGGCAAUCAUGGGCAACGAAUGGUCUGGCGUGUGUUGUGUUGAUCAGGGGAAGAAGUUUCGAACGAUCGGGACGUCGUCGAUAGCGCGCCACUAUGCGCUGCAGGGGAGGGGCGGCGGCAUGCCGCGCGUCCACCCCAUCACCGGCAAACCCCUCAAGCCACUCGUGCUGCCUGUCGCAAGGUCAGGCAGCGAGCCAGGCCAACGACUGACUGACUGAUCAAUGUCAAGUGCCUCUCUCUCCGUGGUGCAGGUGUAUGUUGUUGGGCAAGAUGGCCAACACGCGGCGAAUGAAGCGCAGCUUCUCAAUGAAGGCCACGCACAAACCACAAAAAGUCAGAAUCGAAUCAGACAGCAAGGGAAGAGAGCCGUGCCACAUGGUGUGAAUGCCUGGGCUCUCCUGUGUUGUGUGGUGUUGAGUGUGGUGCAGGUGAAUCUUCAGUGGAAGCGGAUGUGGUGGGAGGAGGGCAACAGGUUCGUCCGCCUGAGGGUGUCCGUCAAGGGACUCAGAACCAUCCGCAAAUACGGACUCGACAAGGUGGGUGCGUUUGCGUGCAGGCAGACAGCAGACAGACAGUCAGAGUUCACCAUCCCGUAUUCGUCCCACGAAUGCUUUUCGUCACCCCCUGGCUGUCUCUUUCGUGCCUGCAGGCUGCCCGCAAGUUCGGUCUUGAUCUCAGUCAGCGGAAGCUCUGGGCAGGCACCGCACCUCUGCAGAGGUCAGUCUGUCAGAAUGGCAGCCAAACGAACCAUGGCCAAAGAAUCAGCCCAAGUGUGUGUUGUGGUGUUUCUUUCUCUGUAGGGGCGGCCGGCGACGGCGGUCGGGAGAGGAGGGCGAGGAGGAGGAGGUGGAGGAAGAGCCUGUGGAAGCGCCAGAGCAGGCCGUCCUGGCAUGACUUGGCUGAGAGUGAAAGACUGGUGUGUCUUUGAAAUGUAGCUUGGCUUGGCUUGCUUGGUAGAGGAGAGGGAUGUGCACCUGACUGUGUUUGCACUGACUUGGGGGGGCACACAUAGCCGUCGCAAUGCGAUGACGCCGACCGAGAGAAACCGGCCACACGCACCUCCGCGAAUCGUUCUUACGUAUCCCUUCGGGGGGCCGGGGGGCAAGGUCCCUGUGAGGUUAACG